AUGGGGUCUGCUCCUACACCACUGCCGUUAUGGCUGGACUGUGACCCAGGACACGACGAUGCUUAUGCUCUUCUACUCGCCGCACACGACCCCAACGUCAACCUGCUCGGUGUCACUACUGUCCACGGAAACUCGCCUCUCGAACAGACGAGCUACAACACCAGGAGCAUACUGGAAGCCCUAGACAAGCGCGAUAUCAAAGUAUACCCAGGAGCGCCCAAGCCCAUACUACGAGAGGCGUUGCAUGCGGUCGACAUACAUGGCGAAUCCGGCCUAGAUGGAGUUACAUUACUUCCACAGCCCCUUGAGCCAGCUAUACCCGGCGCCGAUUUCCUUGAGGUUAUGUAUACGGCACUGAUGGGAGCCCCACCAAAUACUGCAUGGCUUGUGUCUACUGGUACUCUUACAAACAUCGCAUUACUGUUCCAGAAGUAUCCUGAUUUGGCGCACCAUAUCAAAGGAUUGAGCAUCAUGGGAGGUGCGGUUGGUGGCGGCUUCACGAAUGCUCCGAUGGGCAGAGUGAAGGGCGAAGGCGAGCGCUUUGGUAACUGGACAGCAUUCGCAGAAUUCAAUAUCUACUGCGACCCUGAGGCUUCACACUUCGUACUUACACACCCGGUGUUGAAUCCAAAGACCACGUUAGUGACGCUCGAUCUUACCCAUCAAGUCCUGGGUACUCAGGUCGUCCGCCAUACUCUGUUAUAUGGCUCCGAUAAACCAUUGGAUUUUGCAUCUGCCGACACAAAGCAUACCCCUUCUCCCCUUCGUGCUUUGUUCACGCAGAUCAUGUCUUAUUUCGCCGGCACCUAUGCUGAAGUGUUUGACAUCACUGAGGGUCCUCCGCUGCAUGACCCGUUAGCGGUUGCAGCUGCCGUGUAUUACGACAUGUUUGACGACAAGGGAGGCGAACGCUUCAAGGUCGACAUUGUCACCGACGGCACCCACUCAAUCGAUCAAACUGUCGUUGGACAGCUCGGCAGAACGGUAGUCUCCAAGUUGCCGCCUGGCCAACCGGGAUGCCGGAUCCCAAGAGGCAUCGACCUCGCGAGGUUCUGGGAGCUCGUCGAGAGCUGCCUUCGAAGAGCCGAUGAAGUCAGCCCGUUGCCUAAACUCUCUCGUGAGGAGCUGGAAAAAGAGGGUGUAUUCAAGGGGUUGGCGUAG